AUGAAACUCCCCUGUGCUCUUGGCAACCCCCGUGCCGAUUCCGGCAGACAUGCUCGCGUCGUGAACAAGUGGGUGUUGGCCGUUUGGGGUCUUCUGGGGGCCCUUGCACCAGGCCGCGGGACCGUCAAAGCGAUUCGGGAUGGAAUGCCGGUCCCGGGCAACGGGUCGGGACUUCGGGGACCGCGUGCCGAGAUAAUCAGGACGUCGCAUGUCUGGAGUCUGGAUGCGGAGGCCCCGGCUCCGCCGCUGGCGCUGGUGACCCAGAUGAACACCGACACGCCGACAGUGAGUAGCGGGGAACAGACGGCGGGCAGCGGUUCCACCCGCCGUGCCGCCGAUGCGCGCGACAGCGACGGCGACGAAGGUGCGCAGGAGGGCACCCGCCGCCUGCUCGUCGCUCGGCUUUCGCUGCUCGCCCUGGCGCUGCUGGCGCUCGGUUGGCCCGCGGCGGACUACCUGGCCACGGCACGUCAGUGCUGGGACGAUGGCCUGCGUGUCGGCCGCGACUAUUGGGCCGUAACCUGGCCGUUCUUCGCACUGGCCGCGCCCACGUCCUUGGCCUUCGCGGCCUGGUGCAUCACCGUGCGCCGGCGCGCCCGCCCCGUGCCGCUGCAUGCGUGGACUCAGCGCUUUGGGGCGUGCUCCACUGUUACCGCGGUGGCCUGGCUCGCCCAGCCUGUCCUGGACCCAGGGUGCCACGGCGCGGCGGGCGCGGUGUGGCGCGCAGUGUUCACCGCGCUGUUCUACGGGACCUACUUCGCGACUUUGGUUCUCCCGUUCCACAUUUUCAUACUGAGGCUCCGCACGUUGCGGCGCCGCUGGACGGCGCGGAUGGCUCGGGCCAUGCUCCGUUUCAGCCUGGUGGGCCUGCUCAUCGCGGGUUUGGCCUGGUCCACACUCUUUGCCGUCGGCUGGCCAGACCCAGACGCUGGGCUCGUGCCUGCUGUGCUGCAUCAGGCUGCUGGUGUGGGGCUGCUGAUGGCCGUUCUUGGCGCGAUAACGAUUGCGUGCUGCGGGACGGUGGGCCUUCUGAUCACCGCCGCGCGCGCCGCUGGAUCUGGGCACGCAGGUCUGGAGGGGGAAGUGCGCUGGGUUCGCUUCACGGCCGCAGUGGUCUUAGCGGCCACACUGCUGCUGUGCGCGGAGGGCUUCCUCAACGUAUUAUCCACCAGCAGCCCCUCCGAUGAUGGAUUGUGGUACGCCUGCGCCUGGGCUCACGCCGUCAACCACGCCAUGAACUGCCUGCAGGUGGCCUGUCUCUCCGGCCUUUCUGGGCCGCGAUCGUUCCGGCGGUUGGCGGUGGACUCUUUCGAGAGGGUGAACCCUUAUAGCUCGGGCGAGCUGCAGCAGCGCUACCACGAAUUUCUCAUUUACCUGGACGACGCCCAGAUCAAGUGGGUUCGAUGCCGUUAUCUCCGGCGACUGGCCGAAGCAGGCUCCACGAUGGUGCGUUGCCAGGAGGUGCCCGUUGCCGAGGCAGUCAUCGGCAGCGAGGGCUUGCCCCGUUCCAGGGACGAGCCCAAGCAUCGGUACGCGGUAUCGCACCCCUGGUUUUCAAAACACCAUCCCGACCCCGACGGGUUGAAGCUGCAGGACUUAGUUGAGCAGUUGGACCUGCUGAGCGCGUCCGACGAUGAUGCCGUAUUUAUAGAUUAUAUGGGGUUGCCGCAGCACGACAUGCAGAACCAGCACUUGCAGCGCCUAGAGCUCGCUGGGGCGUGGCCGGAGCCUGGCAAGCACCCGGCUGUCCGCAGCGAGACUGAUGAGUUGCUAUUCAAGAAGGCGCUGGAUUCGAUGGAGAUGCUCUAUAGUGUUGGGGGCGUUCCUGUGAUAAUAUUGCCUUUGAGAGACAACAGGUCAGAGUCAAUACGCUCAUCCCCACGUUCAUCCCUAUCGCUGUCCUUCCGUGCUCAAGCGCGCGCGCUCAGCAUGAGCAACGAGUACCUUUCACGAGGCUGGUGUUUUUUUUGA